AUGGCAUCCCUUAUUAAAAACCAAAUAAUAAAACAUCUUUCAAAAUUUGCACGUAAUUUAAAACCUGAACAAAUAACAUUAGAUAUUUUAAAGGGAAAAAGUCAAUUACGAAAUAUUGAACUUAAUGAAGAUGUACUUUCUGAUUUAUUGGAAUUACCACCAUGGUUACGUAUAACAAAAGCAUUUUGUAAUUGUGUUGGUGUACAAAUACCUUGGACGAGCUUGAAAACUCUUCCAAUACACAUUAUAUGUGAUGAAAUUGUUAUAGAAAUUGGGUUAUCGUCUAAAUGUAAUGUUCCAACUGGAUUUCAAAUACCUCAAUCAACAUCAUAUGGUUUCAUAGAAAAAAUAAUUGAAGGCAUGAUGGUAUCUGUCAAUAAUGUUGAAGUAAAUUUUUAUUUAGAUGCUUUUCAUGUCGGUUUAACAUUACAAAGAUUAUGUUUAGAGAGUCGAACACCACAGUGGAAACAAACAAAUGAUUUAAAACAAACGCGUUUUACUGAUCAUUCAACAAAUCAAACAAUUUUACAUAAACAUCUUUCAUGGCAAUUAUUAAGAAUUGAAGCUUCUUAUAUAAAAGAAGAAAGUAAUUCUAAAAGAAUGAAUGCACCAUUGAGAUUACUUACAAUGGGUGGAAGUUGUCGUAUUGGUAUUAAAAAAAAUUAUACUGAUGGAAGUUUAUUAGCUGGAAAAAUUCAAAUUAUUUUAAGUGCCAUUUUAUGGGUUGGAACAUUAUCACAAAUACGUUCUGUCAUAUCAUUUUCACAGCAAAUAUUUUCACUUAUCCGUACUUAUAAUGAAGCAAAUAUUAUUCCUGUUAAAUUAGUUAAUAAUACAACUUUAUCAUCAAAUACUAAUAAAAUACAACCUAUAGUUUCUAUACCAAUGGCUGAAAAAUUCAGUAAUUUUGAUAUAAAUCAAACAUCUUUUCAUUUAUAUAUUGAAAAAUUUGAUAUACAUUUAUGUGAUGAUAAUUCAUCAUCUUCUGAAUUUCCAGAAUCAUGGGAUAUACAAAAUGGUGCUAUUCAAGUAACAUUAUUAAGAAUAUCAACAGAUUUAUAUUUAAAACAUAUGGUUAAUAAAGGUCGAAAAAAAUGGAUUAAAUAUAAUGAAAAUAAUCCAUGUACAGAAUGGUGUGAUGAUAUGAUAGCUAGAGCUUUUCAAAGAUUUUCAAAAGUUUUAUCAGAAGAUGAUUUUUAUUCAUUAACAAAAGUAUGGCAAUCAUUAACAUCAAUGAAUUUUGUAAUACGUAUUCAUGAUAUGGUUGUUGAAUGUGUUUCUGAUGUUAAUACAAAAAAAGAUGCUAUAAAACAUAUGAUUGUUAGUAAUGCUGCUGCAAGAAAUUUACUACCUGUUGAUAUGGGAAUAAUACAUUUUGAAUAUUGUACAUAUGAAUAUGGUGAAGAUAAAACAUUACCACCACCAUCACCUAGUGCUUAUGUAGCUAUUGGACCAAUUGAAGCAAAAAUUGAUCCAAGAACAAUAAGAUGGUUAGUUUAUAUUGGUGAUCAACUAAAAGAAGUUGUACCAAUUGAUGAACUUAAUAAUUUAUCAUCAGAAACAUCACCAGGUGAUGAAGUUGUUGUUAGAAUAGAAAUGAUAUCAACAAAAAUUAUUUUAGAACAAAGUUGUUCUCAUAAUAUGGAUGAAAGAUAUCCAAAAGAAUUUUUUAUUAAUAUAGAUAAAGCAAAUAUUACAAAUUGUAAAUUAGAAAUUGAAUCAUUUAUAGAAGGUAAUUUUAAUGAUAUUGAUUAUAAAAAUAUUUAUAAUCCAAAUUGUGAAAAAACUACAAAAUUAAUAAAACUCAUGGAACUUAUUAAAGAAUUCAAUACAUUUGAACUUUUUCAACUUCAAAAUUGGUAUUUUUCAUUAAAUUCUAUGUGGAUUGAAUCAUCAUAUGGAGAAAAUUGUCCACCAACAAAUAUUAUUAAUAAUCUUCCUGUAGGAGGAUUAAUUGUUACUGAUGACAAUAUUUUAACACUUUUGAUUAAUCCAGUUGAAAUUCCUGUUAUUUCAUUAAAUCAUUUUCAAUUUGUUUUUUUUCAAUUGUUUAUAACAAAAAUAACAGAUUUAAUUGAUACAAUAGAAGAAGAUCAAGAAUUCUUUUUUGAAAAUGGUACAUCUCAAGUACCACCUAUAUCAAUAUCAUUAUUUUUUAAUAUUAAAAAUGCCUUAUUACGUUUAAUAUUGCCUAAUACACCAAUUCCAACACCAUAUGAUUAUAAUGGAAAAUUAUCUGAUGAUAUUGAUGAAUCACCAUCAUCUGUCGAAGGAAAUAAACUUUUAAUGAACGAUAAUGAAUCUCCAACAUAUGAUACAAUAUUAGUUUCACAAAAUGAUUCAUUUUUACAUUCAUUAAAUACACCAUCAAAAAUGGCAUUACAAUCACAAAGUUAUGUUGAAUUAAGUGUUUUAAAUAUAAAUGAAAAUAUUCAAGAUGGUGUUAGUAUUUUAGGUGAAACAGUAUCAAUUACAACAGACUUGUCAGAUGAUGAAUCAUACAUUGUUCAACUUCAAGAAUCAGAAGAAGAAAUAUUUAAAGAUUCAAAUAUAUGUGUUGCUGAAGAAGCUAUUAGUAAAGAAGUAAAUAUUAAAAAUCUUGAUAUAUAUGAUAAAUAUAUGAAUGCAAAAUCAAAUAUUUUAUGCGCAAAUAUUGAAAAUUUACAAACAUUAAUAUUAUUAAAUAACGGUAAUGUAUUAGUGAAAGGAUUUAUUAAAAAUAUAAUACUUCAUGAAAUUUUUGAUAUUGUGAAUGAAGAAAUAUACAAAAUUAUUAAUAUUGAUAAAAUUAAAAGUGAUAUUAUUGGUAAACAAAUAUAUAAUGAUGAUACAUCAAAAAUUACUUUCGAAUUGGUUGGAAUAAAAAAAAAUAUACCAAAAUUAAGUAUAAAUGUUUUGGAUGUUUCUUUAGACUUAACUGAUCCAAUUUUAUCACAUUUACCAAUGUUUUUUGAAGCAAAUAUUAUACCAAAAAAUCCACCAUCUAUUGAGAUAAAUGUUAAAAAAUCUGUUAUUGUCAUAAAUGAUCCAACAAAAAAUUCAACUAUAAAAUUAAAAGUAAAUGAUAUUGUUAUUGAAAAAUAA